AUGUGCACGUACAGCGACCCGAUCUGCCCCGCGUGUGAGUGCAAGCACAGGACCACUAUCGCCACCUGCGCCAAGUACAACAUCUACAACGCGUGCCCGAUCAGGGACUACGGCCCGUUCCUGUUCAAGUUCUGCACCAGGUGCGCGGACAAGUACAUGGACGAGAACAAGAACCUCUGCGUGGGCGAGAUGAUGUUCCUGACCUCGGACAAACCCAUGACCCUGGACACGAUCAUACACGUGCUCGAGACCGGGUACAAGGCGUGCUCUAGGUGCUCUACUGAGGUACAUGACGAGCACACGAGCUCGGUCAAGAGUAGGGCCAAGAUGCCGAACGCGCUCCUGCACCUGCUCGAGAACGUGGCCCCGGCGAGGGUCACCAUCAUGAACAUGCUCUCGGCGACGAACUUGGCCACAGUCUGCUACGCGUGCCCGAUCCUGCUCACGAACUGGGAGAAAGAGACGUUCCUGAAGCCGAUCAGGGACUUGCCUGAGCAGGAGGAGUGGAUCAGGGACAGGGUCGCGAAGGGGUCGACGGUCAAGAUCUUAGGCGCCAACAUCCCCCUGUGGCUGACCAGGAUCAGAGCCCCGAGCAAGUACUGGAGUAGGUUCAACCAGCACACCACGGUCGCGAUCUGGAUCAUGACUGAGCGCACGGACGAGGAGCUGGAUCAACUCACCGACCUGAUCGAGGACAUACAGAUGACCAUGGACUACUAUCGGUAUGACCCCUACAACCCGCGGUCGUACAACAUCUGGGACCAGUACGGGAACGUGCUGCAGGAGACGACCGACACCGAGCUCAUGCUCGAGAACAUGAGGAAGUCCCUCCACGAGUACGAGAGCGAGGUCAAGUCCAUGCCCAGGCCCCCGGGCUCCUUCGAGACCCUCACCAGGUCCGACAUUCCGGAGUGGCACCCGACUGCGGACGCCGGCACGGCCUCCCAGUCGCACGAGGUGCGGAGGUGGUUCACGUGCCCGAGCGACUCCACGGACUUACUCAAGCUCGUGUACGGCGCGGAGGUGACCUCCACCAGGCGUGACUGGAUGAACUCCAUCGUGACCUGGGUCCCGCCCCUGAUCGUGAACUGGGACGAGACCACGACGAGCGCUUGGGACGUAGUCGCGGUGGUGAGCUGGUGCAUGGUCCUCAACCAGUGGGGGUGCAAGUUGGAGAAGAGGGUCAGCACUUCGCACGAGGAGGUAGCCGCGGACCGGGAGCCGACCGCGAACGCCGUCUGGAUCCAACUCUCCUUCGAGUCCCCGUCCGCCGACCCGUCGCUGGUGCUCAUGCCGGUCUAG